ACGAGCCGCCGUGCUGGCUGCGCUGAUUGGACGCUGUUGGCCACGCCCCAUUAUUUAAUGCCCUUGGCAGAGCAGGCUGGAAGGCAUUUCUCACAGAGACCCGUCGCACAGGCUCCGGUGAGAUUUCCCCCUGACUUUUCUCUACCGAACGACCGACCUUCUCCCAAGACAUCAAUCAUGAGGGAAUGCAUCUCCGUCCACGUGGGGCAGGCAGGAGUCCAGAUGGGCAAUGCAUGCUGGGAGCUGUACUGCCUGGAACAUGGGAUCCAACCGGACGGCCAGAUGCCCAGCGACAAAACCAUUGGUGGAGGGGACGAUUCUUUUACCACCUUCUUCAGUGAGACCGGAGCCGGGAAGCACGUCCCCCGCGCUGUGUUUGUGGACCUGGAGCCCACUGUGAUUGAUGAGGUGCGGGCAGGCACAUACCGGCAGCUCUUCCAUCCAGAGCAACUCAUCACAGGCAAGGAAGAUGCCGCCAAUAACUACGCCCGGGGGCAUUACACCAUCGGCAAGGAGAUCAUUGACCCAGUUCUGGACAGAAUCCGCAAGCUGGCGGAUCAGUGCACGGGACUGCAGGGCUUUUUAGUCUUCCACAGCUUCGGGGGGGGCACCGGCUCUGGAUUCACCUCCCUGCUGAUGGAACGUCUCUCUGUUGACUAUGGCAAGAAGUCCAAGCUGGAAUUCUCCAUCUAUCCAGCUCCUCAGGUUUCAACGGCUGUGGUGGAACCCUACAACUCCAUCCUCACCACCCACACAACACUGGAGCACUCAGACUGUGCCUUCAUGGUGGAUAAUGAAGCCAUUUAUGACAUCUGCAGAAGGAACCUGGACAUUGAACGCCCAACCUACACCAACCUGAACCGCCUUAUAAGCCAGAUUGUGUCCUCUAUCACAGCCUCCCUCAGAUUUGAUGGAGCACUGAAUGUGGACCUGACAGAAUUCCAAACCAACUUGGUACCCUACCCCCGUAUCCAUUUCCCUCUGGCCACCUAUGCCCCUGUUAUCUCUGCAGAGAAAGCUUACCAUGAGCAGCUCUCUGUAUCCGAGAUCACCAAUGCUUGCUUUGAGCCAGCCAAUCAGAUGGUGAAAUGUGACCCCCGUCAUGGUAAAUACAUGGCUUGUUGCCUGCUGUACCGCGGUGAUGUGGUGCCCAAAGAUGUCAAUGCUGCUAUUGCUGCUAUCAAGACCAAACGUACCAUCCAGUUUGUGGACUGGUGCCCAACUGGUUUCAAGGUUGGUAUCAACUACCAGCCCCCAACAGCGGUUCCGGGUGGGGAUCUGGCCAAGGUACAGCGAGCUGUGUGCAUGUUGAGCAACACCACCGCCAUUGCUGAGGCCUGGGCUCGCCUGGAUCACAAGUUUGACCUUAUGUAUGCCAAGCGUGCCUUUGUGCACUGGUAUGUAGGGGAGGGAAUGGAGGAAGGGGAGUUCUCUGAGGCCCGCGAGGAUAUGGCCGCCCUGGAGAAGGAUUACGAAGAGGUCGGCAUUGACUCCUAUGAAGAUGAAGAUGAGGGAGAGGAGUAUUAAUUGCCCUUUAUCCAUCAUCUUAUUAUUCCAAAGAUUGGAAGGUGCCAGUUGGCCUAGUUUAACACUGCCCCUCCCAACCUGUAAAAGCCCAAUGCUAGAAAAGUAUAUCCUGCCAGCUUCCUCUCGGAUUUUAUUUUUAAUGUGAAUAUCUUAUUUUUAGCAGCUGAGGUUAUUUUAGUGAAAAAAAUUGCAAAAAUGAAAAAAAAGUAAACUCCAGAACAGAA